AUGAGGAGGGCCCGCAUCGUGGGCUUGUGGCUCCUCGCAGCGAGGGCUUGUGCCAAUGCGAACUGUGAUGACGGUGAGUGCGAGCAGCCGGAUGCAACUGGCUUGGUGCAGGUCACUCACAAAAGUAAGGCGAAAGUGAACGAGGCCGAACCAACCAAUCCAGACUUCGGGCCCAAUGUCAUAGUCUUGGAACCUGGGGCGGCCUCCUCGGCGAUCGAGGACCGCCUCCAAAGCCUCUACGAGCAAUACAUCAGCUGGGACGAAGAUGCCCAAUUCGGCGAUCACCGCACUGCCAUCUUAUUGAAACCCGGAGAGCACCAGGUGGAUGUGAAUCUAUGGUACUACUCUGGAGUCCAUGGCCUUGGCGUGAGCCCAGAAGACGUCAUAGUGAAGCCUGGUCUCCGUGGGGAGGGACUUAGAGUCGAACAGCAGCCACCGAGUUACCCGGGCGGUCCUCUGCUCCCGAAUACGAACACCUUCUGGCGCACGAUCGAGAACGUGCAUGUUGCGCAAGGCAAGUUGGACUUCUUUGUUUCCCAAGCCGCGCCACUGAGAUCCGUGAAGGUUGAUGGCAACCUGUACCUGUCUGCCGGAGGUUCAGAUUGGACUUCUGGCGGUGCUUUGAUGAACUCCGACGUCAGCGGAAGCAUAGUGACUGGCACUCAGCAGCAGUGGUACACAAGAGGGACUUUAAUGAGACCGUAUGACCACCCAGCAGGUCAGGGAAGCUAUGCAUGCAUCUCCUGUGUUGAUCGCGAAAGCGGUCUACCGUUCUAUGAUAGUUGGAAUUUCGAGCAGCAUCAGCCAGAUCAGACAUGGCACAGUGGCUUAACGUACAUGGGUGCCCCGGAAGUCUUUGCAGAGAAGCCCUACAUCUUCUUUCACGAGGGACAGUACAAGCUUCGCAUCCCGGAGGUGCUCCAGAAUCAUGCUGGUCCGGACUGGCAGAGCGGCUCAACAGUGGGCUUUGACAAGGUCUUUGUUACAAAAGCCAAGACCACCGCUGCACAAAUCAACACCGCAAUUGCUGCAGGAAAGCACAUUGUGUUCACACCGGCGGUGUACUACUUGGACGAGCCCAUAGUUGUCAACCACCCCAACACGGUUCUUCUCGGCCUCGGCUUUGCAACUCUCAUUCCGCAAAAGUUGCCCAUCUUCAUCGGCAGAGGAGUGAUCGAGGUUGGCAACGUCGAUGGCGUUCGCCUUGCAGGAGUAUUUGUGCAAGCAGGACCGAUGGACUCACCAGACUUUUCGAAGGCUGUCGGUGCUUUGGUCAGGUGGGGCAAGCCCGAGGAGCCUUACGCGGGAACGAAGAGCAAUCCUGGGUUUAUCUACGACUUCAUCGCGCGAGUCGGUGGUCCUGAUCACGAGCCUUCAGGUGUUGGGAACAUGCUGGAGAUCCACAACGGAUGGGUAAUUGGCGACAAUCUUUGGCUGUGGAAAGCAGACCACUGUGUGUCCAACUCAGGCGCACUUUGCAUACCGCAGCGCUAUGUCAACCAUUGCCUUGUGGUCAACGCGGAGAAUGUGCACAUGUACGGCCUCAUGGCCGAGCAUGCGAACGAUGAUAUAGUUGUCUGGAAUGGGGAGAAGGGU